AACGAGAAUUUAACUUUUCAAGUAAUUUUUAUCUUAGAUUAAAUGUAUGUCAGGCUUAUCACAAUUUAUCUUAACGCUGUAACAAACUUUAUGGUACUCGCAGCUAUUCAGUCAGUCACAUUAAAUUCAUUCAUUACUUACAAAGUCUUACAAUCAUCAACCGAUUUAUUAUUUUUUUUUAAUUUUUUCUUUUAUUUGCAAAUGGUUAGUUUCUUCUCUUAUUGUUCUUAUAUGAGAUGUGGGAAAUUGAGUUGAUCAAUGUGUUUGUUUGUGUACGUUAGCUCCUCUGUUUGUUUUUUCAGUUUUUUCUAUAUCAAUAUUCACUUCUGGUUUGAAUGUUCAGAAUUGUAAAUUUAAAUGCACUUAAAAUAACCACAGUAUUGUAAUAAAAGCUAACAAUAUUUGCUGAUUCUAUUACAUAAAUAGAUCCAUCAGGGUGCUGGGUACUUGUGUGGUUGUGCCACAUGAUUGAGCUGUGGUAUUUGAGUUCUAACGUUAAGGCCCGGAUAGCGUCUAUGCCUCAUAAAAACCAAUUUAAAAUUACCCUUGUCCAAAAGGAUAUAUUGUGUUACUGAGUAAUAUUGUACUAAUAGGAGUAUAGUAUUUAUGAUUGUUAAAUCUUAUUGGCGUCUUUUUUUGUAAUGUAACUUCCUUAUGGUGUUAUAGAUUAAAAGAUUUGGUUUCGAUUCACGCUAUCUAUAUAAGUGGGUUAUACUAUUUAACUGUUCAGAAACCAAAUUAGACCAUGAUUUGAACAAACGAUAUAUUUGUCGAAAAUCAAGUACUUUAAUCAUUGCUACAGUUUUAUUUUGCAGUUGACAUAUGCAUGUAGUUAUAAUGAAACAACUGUAUAAAUUUUGUAAAAUUUCAACGUGAAACUUUUCUUUUCCUGAAAGUAUGAUCCAAUAAUAUUUUAAAGUUUAUUUUAAAUACAAGUUGGGAUUACUUCAGCGAACCUAUAAUGCAGCUUUUCUUGUUUACAUUGAAAUUUUUAAUGGUUUAUGGGGAUAACAUCAAUAUUCGGAAUUAAUUCUCGUAGUGGAUUAACAUCAACUGAAGAAGUUUCAGAAAGUAAGAAACACUGAACGAAUAUCUGUCAAUCGACUUUUGGAAAUAUAGAUCAUUGAAUUAUAACUCAAUAGUCUAAGGGUAAUGUCAAUUGUUGUAAGAGUCGAAGGUUCUUGAUUAUGAUUCCUGAAACAGUUGUUUGUGCAGAAAUGUUUAGAAUCUCUCAAGCUAGAGCAAAGCUGUUAUGUCUACAAAUACAAAUACAAAUGGUGCGAACCAUUGGUAAAAACAUUCACAAUUUUGGUGUUCCUUAAAACAGCAUUGAACUGAGAAAAAAAUCAUUAUCUUAAUAGAACGUUGUUUUUUUACAACCUCUUCAGUUAAUUUCGGAUUUAUAAUAUUAAUUUAUCAAGUAGUAAUUAGGCGAAUACUAACGACUUUUCAUUCAAUGACGUAAUAUAUUUUAUUGGUCAACUUUUAGUUAUACUUAAAUCGAUCCAAUGGACUUGGUCAUUUGCAACCAGUUACCUCCUGUCCGUUUGCUUGUUUUACUUAAUUAGACAAUCUAUAUCUUAUUUAUGUAAUGCAAAUUUUGUUUACAUUCUUUUUAGUUGAGGAGUUGUACAACACGAUAUCCGGUGAAUAUUAUUCGUUACAGUAAGAGUUCGGUUUAAACGUUUGGAGACUAACUUCUUAACAGCUUCUUAGUUGAAAUAUCACUUGAACCAUAAAAGAAAUCCGAAGGUGAUAAGUGUAGAAGAGUUUACUUGAGGGUUGUGGUUACUUACAAAACUCGAGUGUAUAGAUGGAACUGUAUGACCAAGAAAUUGACUGCAAUAUUGCAACUUCUUUCUUGAAAUUUCGAGUUGUUUUCCUUCCAUCAUUUUUGUUUUAAAAUUUUCACUCAACGUUGAUUGGUUAGUAAGUUUCGAAUUCUCUGCACCAAUCUAACCAAUCAAAAAACAAAACCUGCUAUAGGGUGGAGAUUGUGAUGUUAGUGAUGCAUACGAUAAAAUGUCAUUGUGAUUGACAUUCCAUUUAGUAGAUUUCUUAUACCACCACCUUAUUCCCACAUCUUCGUUUCAAAGGUCAACUAAACAUUAGAACACUUUAAAUAAAGCUUCUGGUUUUGAUUGGCUGAAAAAUUAAACCCUUUUUGAUUUUAAAUUUUAUAUGUCUACUGACUAGUUGAAAAUAACAUAUCAUAGUUUUGUUUAUGUGGAUACGUGUGUGUACAAACGACGCUGGCAAUACAGGAUUUACACCUGAAUAGAUUUAUUCAUUUCCAUCUUUGUUGUUUAAAAUCAACAGAAUACUAGUUAAUCACUUUCAUAAUUGAUAAAUAUGUACACGGAGUGAGAAGGCGAAAUUAUUUGACUGUUUAACGUGGAUAUUUAACAUGUUAUUGAAAAUGAAUUUUUAAUAGUCUACGAAACAAUUCUACUGAGUUACACCUACAAAGCUUAUACUUUCAUGCGACACUUGUAUAUUCUCAUAUAUCACCAUUCAAAUAUUUCCAAUGGAUUUAACUGUUAAUUAAUUCACUCUUGAACAUCAUUAAUUUUAAUUGAGUUGGUCAACGAGAAACACAAUUAACAACAAACAGUUUUUUUAUUUUACUAACAAAAAUUAAAUCAAACAAACAAACAAACAAACACUUAUCAUCAUUCAUCACUAUUAUUAUUAUUAUUAUUAUUAUUCAGCGUAUGAAGUAUAAACGAUUCAAUUUUCAACAUAUUUAUUCAAUUUUACAAUGUUACACAAAUUAUAUUCAUCUAUAAUUCAUUAUUGUGUAUUUGGAUUAAUUUAUUCAUUACUAUUACCACUAUUAUUAUUGUUAUCUAUUGAAACUUCAUUCAUAUCAAUAUGGAUUAAUGGACAAUCUGUGAACAGUUUAUCCAAUUCAGCAUCAGAUACUCGUCAACCACGUAGUCCAACACGUUUGGGUUAUUUAAUACGUGUUGGUCAAAGCUUAAAUUUAACAUGUCCUGGUGAUGCUGUGUUUUAUCAAUGGAGUCUUGUUGAUCAACCAUCACAAAUAUUAUCAGAAGAACAAUUUUACACAAUUAAAUCAGCUACAUUGAAGGAUUCUAAUCGUUAUAUAUGUCACGCUGUACAUGGUUAUGGAAGAAGUUCCGUUGAAAUGUCUGUUCGUGUUAUAGAUUUCUCUUCAAUAACAGCACAGCAUGAAUGUGCUGUAGGCAGUAAAACAGGGAAUGUCAAUACAAAUGGACCAUGUUUUUUGACAAGUUUGACAGAUAGAGAAUUGAACCCAACCAAAUCAUGGGGUGAUCAUAUUAUUUUUGAUUGUGAUGCUGUUAUGACUGGAACUGACGGUUCAUUGGACAACUUAAUUUAUCAGUGGGAAUUUAUUAGUAAUGUUAACAAUAACAUAAAUAAUAAUUUACGAUCUGUUAAACAAGCGAGCAAUAGUGGAUCAGAUGCAUCAAAUACUAUUAUUCAUAGACAACGUCUUCUAGUUCGGGCACCAUCUGUGGUUGGUACAGUUUCUCAUAACAAUUAUGAUAAUGUUAAUAAUAAGUUUGAUUUAAGUCACUUUCAUGAAUCACAGCUACGUAUUGAUAAACUGACUUUAGAUCACAACGGAGAAUAUCAAUGUACUGUAAGAACAAGAUUAGCUACAUCUGGAGCAAGGGGAGGAGGAGGAGGAGCAACAAUGAACAAUUAUCAUCAAAUCCCACCAAUGAUUACAAGAAAAUUUCGGUUGACUGUCAAAUCACGGAUCGAUGGGUCAAUAAUUGAAGGACCUCAUAUUAUCAAUGAAACAGUUGAAGCCGGUCGAGAUGCGAUAUUUCACUGUCAAGUCAAUCCCGAAGAACAUCGAUCAAGUACAAUCAGAUGGGGUAAAAGUAUAGAUAUUAAUGAACGUUUAGCUUAUGAAGCCGAAGGAAGAGAAGUUAUUCAAUGGGCUGGUGGGACAUUUGUUGUUCUUCCAAGUGUACCAACUUCAUUAGCUUUAAAUUAUAAUUCAAACAUGCCAUCAGACACUUUGUUUUCACCUAAACUAUCAGCCCUGAGACCUUCAUCUUCAUCUUCUUCUGCAUUAUCAUCAUCAUCGUCGUCGUCGUCAUCAUCAGUGGCAGCAGCACUACCUUCGGGUGCUGUAGCUACUGAGGUUUCAUCGAGUCAAAGUAGUCAACUUCUAUUAAGACAAGCUAGUCAAUCAGAUUCUGGACGGUAUGUAUGUUCUGUAUUAACUGAAGCUGGACGAGAUGAUCAUAAAUUUGUUCAAAUAUCUGUAGUUGGCGGAUCCUUAGUUCAAGGUCAUAAAUUGACUGGAAGUAGUGGAACACAUCGGUUAACUUUAUACAUUGCUAUACCGACCACUAUAUUUUUCAUAUGUUUGUGUGUAGUAACAUACUGUUUGAUCAGUCGACGUACAGCUCAUAAUCGACGUGCAUCUAAUGUUCGACAUCAGCGUAAUUAUUUUAAUGCUGUACAACAAUCACAAAUUAAAUCAUCUUCAGUGGCAAGCGGUAGUUCAAUUGGUGUAUGUCGUAAUGGUGGUAUAAAUGGUCAUACUACAAUCACCAGUGAUAAUCGUUUGAGAACAUCUCCAACCGGUACAGCAUUAGGUACUACAUCAAUAGGUUAUUCAUCAGUUAAUGGUACCAAUUCCAUGAAUAGUUGUAAUAAUAAUAAUGGUCCGAUUAAUACACAAUUAUCAACUCCAAAUUUUCAAGUUAAUUUACACGGUACUGUACCAAUGAUACCGGGAGGUUAUCCUGUUUUAAUUCAAUCCAUUGGCGGUAGUCAACAACCAGUAUCAUCACCAUUUUAUUCUGUACCUGAGGCUAGGUCAUUAUCAACGUAUGGUCAAAAUGUAUCACCUGUUACAACUGGAAAUAAUUCAGAAUUUAUUAUGGGCAAUAUGAAUGCAACUACAACGAACAAUAGUAAUAGUAUAGCUUGUUAUCCGAACGGCUUAAUUUAUCCUAUACAAAGUGGGCAUAUUAUCAACUCGAAUGUUUCAAACCUUGCAUCAAAUUCAAUGUUCAGCUCAUCACCGGAGUCUUCAACUUCUGGAAUAAAUAGUAAAAUUGAACCGGUUGAAGGUAGAUUAAUGUUUCGUCCCCAACCAGCAUUAAUUAACAAUUACAAUUUAAAUAGUAAUACAGCGAACAGUAGCAGUAAUAAUAACAGUGAUACAAUUAGACGUUUUGGUCAAUCAACUGGAAUUAAUACCUCAAAUUAUGAAAUGACUAUCACUAAUACACCAUCAGCAUUAUCAUCUUAUCCAAAUCAUGUUAAUACAUAAUAUUCCUCUCUCUCUCUAUUUCUAUGUAUCUGUAUAUUACUCCAUCUAUUUGUCCAUAUGUACGUAUGGAUUGUUUAUGCGAUUUCAGUUUUUAAUCAUAAACAAUGUAAUAACAGUAGAACGAUAAACCAUAAUAGGAAACAGGGUAUUUAACAGGUUUCUUUCUUUCGCUCUCUCUCUCUCACUCUCCAUUCAUGUUUAUCAUUUAUUUUAAAAGAAAUCAUUCUAUGUAUAUAUUUAUCUUGUUAUUAAAUAAAGAACUUAUAUAUAUUUAUUUUAUUGAUGUGAGGAGUGGGGAAGAAUAUUGUUUACCUACUUGUCUCUCUGUCUCUCCCUCUCCUUUUAAUUUUCCUGUGCAAGUAUAUGUUUGUCAGUAGUUUCUGUGGUUUUAUUAAAAAAGUUUACUUAUCCUUGUCAAAACACCUGGUAAAAACUUCUCCAUGUAGAAUUCUACGAUAGUACCACCAUCAAUUAAAAAAAACAACACAAAAUCAACAAGAAUAUGGUGAAAAGACAAUAAAGAAGAUGGUCAUCUCUAUUGAUGAAAAUCCCACAUAUACAAACGAAUUUGUCACUGAUAGAAAAUAUAUUAUUUUGAUUCUCCAAGUGUCUUUCUUGUUUUAGGAAAAACCAUACCAUAGUAGCAAUAAUAAUAGUUACCAUUGAUAACAGACAAUAUUAUAUUUGUAAUUUCAUUUAAAAUUCUUCUUCUUUUUCCAUCUUUCUUAUCGUUACAUGAUUAUUGUACCCUUCCCAUUCCCCCCUCUCAACAAAUCUUUGAGAACAACAAAACAUAGUCACUGUUAGUUGUUUGUACAAAAUGAUGGAAUUAUUUGUGAUUAGGAAUGAUGGAUAAACAUUGUUGGUUCGAUUUGGGAUUUAUUUUAUGUAUGUAUAAGGUGUAAUGAUGACAUUACAUAAUAGGCGUGACAUAAAUUCUUUUUCGUCUAGUCAACUAACAUUUUUUGGAUCAAACUUUUUAAAUGAAUGAGGAGGCAAACAUAAUUUUUUUAAAAAAAAGAAACCAUAUCACAAUUUGUUUGUUUGUUUGUUUAUCUGUAAGCAUCAUCUUCAUUUUGUUUAGGAUUAGAUCAUUUAGUCUGUAUAACAUUUCUUAUCAGCUGGGUGUUUUGUUUUUGUUUUUUCUUUGCAUAUUUAUAUGAUUUUAUAUUUUAAUGAUUGUAAUUCUAUGUUAUUUUUAUUGAUUGCAAAGUAUACUACUUGUAUGAGAUAUAUAUAUCGUACCUAUGACAGUUGACAUCUCAGUUCUUCACAGUCAUGAUAUAUACACAUGAACUCUCUAUACAUUAAAAACAAAAACUCUAACCAAUUAUACAGAUCAUUUCAAUUUUAGUCCUCUAUAUACAUUCAAUUAUGUAAUGAUGAUAUUUCACUCUGAUCAUCUCUUAAUAGUAGUAAACUUAAAGUUAUAUUUCCAAGUUAAACUUAUUACAUAACCAUAAUACGCGCACAGUGUUCAAUCACGCAUUGUCAUAAGUAUGAUGAUUAUGUUUUAUUUAAACAUUAUUAUUAUUAUUAUUGUUAUUAUUAUUGGUUUUGUAUUGAAAAAACAAACAAACGCUAAAGACAUCCAUCGGUUGAAACAGGGUAUUUGUAAAUGUAUUUGCCAAAUCUAUCUGUAUUAACAUAUUCAAUUCUAAAAAUCUCUACAUUAUUGAAUUCUCCAGUGAAUUAAUCUACAUUUGUUUUAUGUAAUCACACAGUGUACUAAUAUUAUUACUAUUACUAUUAUUAUUAUUACUACUACUACUACUACCAUUACUUGUUUUAAAUAAUAUAUUUUAUUUGAAGAAAAUUCGGUUUCUAAAUAAAAAUAAUAUAUUUGUAAUAUCCCGAUGAGUACAAUUGUACUAUUUAAACUUGGACUAAUUUUAAUUUGGUUAUUUAUUCUCUGAAGAAGUGACUUA